CGAGGUCAUAACGCAUGAUUUUUACGUUCUCUCAAAAUUGUAAACGUUCCUACCAGCUUUAGUAUCAAACCAUCCAGUAUUCUUGAAAAAUAAACGCGACAUUCAAGUGAUCUCACUCUUACUUGUUUUAAACAUUCGACAAAAUGGAAGACGAAAUGAGCGUGCAAGUUGAACAAAGAACGACAUCGAUGACCGAAGAAACUUUACGCGUGAUAAUUUAUGUCUCUUGGUUUCUGGGAGUUGGUAUAGCCCGUCCGAAAAGAUUACCAAAGUUUGUUACAAUAAUCGUUCGCGUUCUUCAUUUUGGAAUCUGCACGGUAAUCGUCGCAUACGGAGCCAUUGAUUUUUUCACUUUUGGUACUAUUUUUAAGAGCGAUAUUUACAAGAUCAUGUAUUAUAUGAACAAGGUCAUGUGCUAUGUCUCAUCCUAUUAUUACGUUUUCCAUGGCAUCAGCCAUUACGGGAAGUGGCCACUGCUAAUGAAUAAAAUAGAACAAUUAAAUAAAAAGAUCAUACGGGAGGUAUCGAUGAAUGAACGAUCGAUUAAGACGGUUCAGAUCUUGGCCGUCAUAUUGACAUUUUUUUUGGGACCAGUGUCUCUAUUAAUACAUGCUCUCUAUUACUAUUUCACUUUACCAGAAGAGAUAUUCGCUUCCGACCUCCUUCUGUACUAUACCAUCGCUCAGUCUGCAAUCAACAGUUUCGUUUUCGAUACCGUCGUCUACGUGAUCUGUAAUAGAUUUAGAAAGAUCAAUAGAAUGAUUGAGCUACUAGACAACAAGUUGGUUGCCUCCUUAAUCGCAUUCAAGAUUCGUCGUAUAAGAGAAUUACACAAUGGUGUUUGCGAGUUGGUGACUCUCAUAAAUGACAUACAUGGUGUACAACUUCUUCUUUGCUCGGCCAAUUCGUUCACGAUGGUCGUUGCGACGCUCUUUCGAAUUUACAUGAGUGUUGUUGAGCAUAAUUACACUUUCAUGCUGAUAAAUAACAUCAUUUGGAUUAUCUAUGCAGGACAAUUCGCGCUGAUGUGCUGGGUAUGUACGCUAACCAAUCGAGAAUUCAAGAAGACAGGUGUAUUAAUACACUCUAUCAUUCCAAAUCAUGAGAAAAAGGAUCGCGAUAAACCGUCGUCUAUUCUGGCGAUUUGCAACGAACACGAUUAUUCGUUACAAAUGCAUCAACAACAGCAACAUGAAGAUCGUCGACGAAUUUCUCUCGACAUCGGUAGAUUCGGUUUAAACUACUUCAGCAUGGAAAAUCUGUUACGGUCAAAUAUCGAACGUGACUGUGUCAGAAAUGAAAUAAAUGAUUUCUCGAAUCAACUUCAGCAACAACCAAUCUCUUUUACCGCCUGCGAUUUCUUUGAAAUAAACAACGCUCUCUUGACUGGUUUCAUAGGUGUUAUUACGACUUACUUGAUAAUCCUCGUUCAAUUCUAUCAACCUGAAAACGUUUAAAUCAAAUAAAUAUCAUUAAUGAGAAUCAAUAGAACGAUAAAUAAUAUUCAAUGGUAAUCCUAAUAAAAAUAAGGACGAGUCGGAUAAAUCUCAACAUCUAAUUCUUAAAAACAACAUUUAUUGAAGAUUAAAAAAAUAUUCUCAAGCACUAUCUGAAUAAAAACAUGUACAGUGACGGUCAUAUUCAGCAAAAAAAAUACAUAUAAAGACAAAAGGAGCUGAUAGUAUAGAUUCACACGAAUAAUGUAUGCACCACCAAGUAUCAAAUUUAGUUCAUUUCAAAGAGUUAAGGAGAAAUAAAUAAAUUAUAAAAGACAUAAUAAAAAAAAAUGCUCGAUAUAAUGAGAUGAUUUUUAAUCAACUUCUUCAAUGGUGGGUCCACCACCAGCGCCACCGCCGGCACCAGUAGCAGGUCUGCUAGGAAACCCACCAGCAGCACCGCCAGCAUCUUGAUACAAUUUAGUAACUAUGGGAUUGCAAACUGACUCCAACUCCUUUUGCUUAUCCAGAAAUUCCUCCUUCUCUGCUAGCUGAUUACUAUCCAUCCAAGAGAUGACCUCGUUGCACUUGUUAAGAAUCUUCUGCUUGUCUGAAGCAUCUAUCUUAUCCUUCACCUUCUCGUCCUCCAUCGUACUCUUCAUGUUGAAGCAAUAAGAUUCGAGAGCAUUCUUAGCACUGAUUCUAUCUCGUUGUUGUUCGUCUUCAUUCCGAUAUCUCUCAGCCUCAUUUACCAUCCUUUCGAUAUCUUCCUUUGACAAACGGCCCUUAUCGUUGGUAAUCGUGAUUUUAUUUUCUUUUCCAGUCGACUUUUCAAUCGCAGAGACAUUCAAGAUACCUGAAAAAUUAAAUAAAAAACGUAUAUUAAAUAACAUACAUGAUAAAGAACGUAUAACAUGUAUAAGAUUAUUAUUGAUUGACUAUUUGAUUUAAAUUGUUCAAGCAAACCUUCUCUAACAUACCAUUGGCAUCAAUGUCGAAAGUAACUUCGAUCUGUGGCACACCUCUCGGUGCUGGUGGAAUUCCCGUGAGUUCAAACUUUCCUAAGAUAUUGUUGUCUUUGGUCAUAGCUCUCUCUCCUUCAUAAACUUGAAUUAGUACACCUGGCUGAUUGUCCGAAUAAGUGGUGAACGUUUGAGUCUGU